GGGUUUGGGACUUACCUCUUUGGCAUGAGUGAACGAAUCGCGAACCAAUCAGGAGAUGCUGUCCGUGGCGUCAAGAACCCUUCAUUAGGUUGGAUUAUGGGUUUUCUCUUUGUUGUCAGCUUUCUUGGCCUCUUCUCGGUCGUUCCCCUGCGAAAGAUAAUGGUAAUAGACUUCAAACUAACAUACCCAAGUGGCACUGCAACUGCUCAUCUUAUCAACAGCUUUCACACCCCUCAAGGCGCUAAGCUAGCCAAGAAACAAGUGAGGGUAUUGGGGAAAUUCUUUUCCUUCAGCUUCUUAUGGAGUUUCUUCCAAUGGUUCUUUACCGGAGGAGAAAACUGUGGGUUCUCCAACUUCCCAACAUUUGGACUCAAAGCUUACGAGUACAAGUUCUACUUUGAUUUUUCAGCAACGUAUGUGGGUGUUGGCAUGAUAUGCCCAUACAUCAUCAACAUUUCUGUUCUUCUGGGAGGAAUCCUCUCUUGGGGUAUAAUGUGGCCUCUCAUUGAAACCAGAAAGGGAGAUUGGUUUCCUGCUGAUGUCCCACCCAGUAGCAUGCAUGGUCUCCAAGCUUACAAGGUGUUCAUAGCUGUUGCGAUAAUCCUAGGAGAUGGCCUAUACAACUUCUGCAAAGUCCUGAGCCGGACACUUUCAGGACUAUUUGUACAGCUCAGAGGCACUGCACCUGCUUCAAGAACCUCCUCCUUCACAGUUGAAGAAGACCCUCAUGCUUCCCCGUUUAGCCCGAAGCAAUCAUACGACGACCAACGCCGUACAAGAUUCUUCCUCAAAGACGAAAUCCCUACUUGGUUUGCUGUUGGAGGAUAUAUCAUAAUAGCUACAACAGCUACAGCGAUACUCCCUCACAUGUUUCACCAGCUGAGAUGGUAUUACAUUCUGGUCAUCUAUAUCUGCGCGCCUGUCUUAGCCUUCUGUAACGCCUAUGGAGCUGGACUCACAGAUUGGUCCUUGGCUUCAACUUACGGAAAGCUCGCCAUAUUCACAAUAGGAGCUUGGGCUGGCUCUGAGCACGGUGGUAUGCUAGCUGGUCUAGCAGCGUGUGGUGUCAUGAUGAACAUAGUAUCAACAGCUUCGGAUCUCACACAGGACUUCAAGACAGGUUACCUCACUUUAUCAUCCCCAAAGUCGAUGUUCGUGAGCCAAAUGAUUGGAACAGCAAUGGGUUGUGUGGUAUCUCCCUGCGUGUUCUGGCUCUUCUACAAGGCGUUUGAUGAUCUAGGCAUCCCAAACAGCGAGUACCCUGCACCAUUCGCUACCGUGUAUCGGAGUAUGGCUAAACUAGGAGUGGAAGGCGUCUCGUCGUUACCGAGAGAAUGUCUCGUUCUGUGCUACGCCUUCUUCGGUGUGGCGAUCCUCGUGAACAUAGUGAAAGACAGUCUCUGGAGGAGAUGGGGAAGGUUUAUACCUCUUCCCAUGGCGAUGGCGAUACCGUUUUUCUUGGGGCCUUACUUUGCGAUCGACAUGUGUGUGGGAAGUUUGAUACUUUUCAUCUGGGAGAGAGUUGAUGCAGCCAAGGCCGAAGCUUUCGGCACUGCGGUGGCUUCUGGUUUGAUAUGCGGAGACGGGAUUUGGUCUUUGCCGAGCUCAGUGCUCGCUAUAGCCGGAGUGAAUCCUCCUGUUUGCAUGAAGUUUCUCUCUGCUGUGACCAACUCAAAGGUCGACAAGUUCCUGCAAAGAUCUUCUUAA